AAAAGUAGUAAAAGUAUCAAAACUUGUUUUAAUUUUUUGGAAAAUAUCAAGGUGAUGGCAUGUUGGGUAUGUGGCAGGAGCUUGUGCACCUGUCCACUACUGCUCUUCUGAUGUACUUUGAUUCUCAUGGCCAUCUGCAGGCCCAUAUCAGAUAAAGGUCCAUUUGAUAUUUAUUUUUGGCUUAGUGGGUGGAUGCACUAAAAGCAUGGGGAUUGACUAUCCAUGCUCAGCAGCCAACCUGGCUUAACCAGAUAGGCUUCUUUUGUAAAACACCCACAUCAUUUUUACCCCAAAUUAUGUCAUCCCAUGCUUUACUUUCCUUAAAGAUUUGUGUUUCUGUUCAGACAAACACCACCUACAUGUUCUAGUGUUUGUUUGUAUGACAGCAUGCAAGGGUCAGACCAUAAAAAGAAAUUUAAGAGCAACGGGAUCACUAAAAAAGUGGUAGUGGUUACUUUUUUAUACAUCAAACCAGAUGCAAUAGCCAGAUUAUUAGCCAUUUGGACCUUAAAUCACAAGCAUGCAAGGGUGAGAGCAGUGGGAACAUUAACAAAGUGGUAGUUGUUAUCUGUUUACAUCAAACCAGAUGCAAUAGCCAGAUUAGCCAGCUGGUCCUUAAAAUCUCAAGGUGAGGCAUGGAUAUGGGAUUGUCUGAGAAUUGCAAUGGAAGGAAGAGGGCUGCAGAAGAGGAGGAGUUUGUUCAGGAUGAUGCAUAUAAGAGGCCCUGCAGGUCUGCUGGGAGAGAAUAUGAAUAUGGUCUCUAUGAAGCUUUGGUGAGCUCAGAUGACAAGAAGAUGGGGAUGGAUAACAAUAUUGAAUCUCUUAUAGAGAGUGAUGAUCUUUUUAUAUAUAAUGGAGCCGAUAAUCGUGCAUUUAUCACCACUGAUGAGCAUCUGAUAAUCAAUGGUGAUUUGGGCAGAGCAUCCAUUAGAUCCCCCAGAGAUGAUCAAGCAAAUUGUGGGCUUGGGUAUGGGAAAAAUCUAUCGAAUGAUUUGGUCAAGGACAGUGAUGAUGUGGGUAGGUUUUCAGAGGUGGGUAUAAGCUCUUAUGAGUCAGAAAACCCACUGGAGGGGCUGGAUUUGUUUUUUGAUGAUGUGAGUCUGGAUUUUGGGGUUCCUGAAGAUCAUGACACUAGGGAUUCACCUAUAGUAGGUGAUAAGCAUGCAGGCAAAGACUCUGAAAGUGACCUAAUUUGUAAUGAAGAUGUGUGGGCAGCUGCAGCAUCUAAUGUCAAUACAACAGAGCAGGCAUUUGUUGAGGAGAAUGAAGUUCAUGAUUGGCUUUUCAGCUCUGAUCAGGCAGAUCCUUCAUUGGGUUAUGGUAUAUCUGAUCUGCUUGAGCCUUCAAUCACUCCUCUAUUGAAAGGGAUGGCUGGAAGUUAAACUCAUCUUUUGUUUAUUCCAAUGCCAGAAGUCAUAUGGCAUUCUCAAAUGAAGUUUUGAUUGGAAAAAAAAAAUUUGUACAGGGCUGAGAUAGUUUAAAUCUAUGUUUUUAACUGCUGUAGUACUGUAGCUUCUGUUCCAGCUUCAAGAUGUGAUUUAAGGCUAACCUUUAAUGCAAAUCAUGGCUUUCCUUUUCA